AUGAGUGAUCGAGCUAUAGCGUCUCGCCCUAGUUUAGAACAAGUCGUGGCUAUAGUAGAUUUUAUGGAAAAACAUCCCUCUUUAGCAUUGGGUCAGUUAAGAGGCUUAGAAGGACGCGAUGAAAGCAAAAAAUUAUGGUUUAAACUGACUAGAAUUGUUAAUAAUAUUACUGGUCCUACUAGGCCUAUGAAAUCAUGGAUUAAAUACUGGGCUGAUAAAAAAUCAACAGUGAGAUCUAAAGUGCAGUCUGGAGGUGGUGAUCCCAAUACCUUAGGUUCUAAUAUAGAAAAAAAAAUUUGGGAUCUAUUUUUAGCUAAUGAUGCAGGAAAAAAAAACUCAGUAAAACUAGAAUCUCAUUAUAUGGAAGAAACAUUUUAUAAUGAAGACAAUAUGGAGCAAAAUCAUGAGAGUGAACCAGUUUUGAACUUCGAAGAGCCUGCGCUUGAUUUUGAAGAACGCCAAAUGGUUGUUAUGGAGAAACUGGUGAAAGUGAUGGGCGAGCAGGCGGCGGCCAUGUCGCAGCUGGCGCACGCGGCGCACGUCAACGCGCAGGCCAUGGAGCGCUUGGCGGAAGCAUCUCAGAUACAAGCACGUGCGAUAGAGCGUCUCGCGAAUACGUUUGAGGCGAUCGGCGCGGCGUCGCACGACGUACGCGCCGCCGUCGUCGACAUCGACGCUACCGUCAAGCGCUUUUACGCUGCACCCACG